UUCAUGAUGACAUGAUGACAUUGGUAAGAUGGUCCACCGCACGUAGGCAAAAGGGAAGUUUAUGCGUAUCCUAGUUUUAAAUUAUAUUCUAUAUCCUAUUUAGGAAUAUUGCUAAUGAUAGUUAGUAUUAAUUAAACAUGCUCUCCCGUAAAAUAUCAAGUUUUAGCCGAUUAAUCCACCGAAAUGUCAGCACAGCUCAUAUUAUUCGGCCUGGGCUGCCCGCUUCUGCGAUAGUACUUUUUAAACAGCCAGCGAUAAACCAAACAAGUCGCCUUAAUAACACAACUUCGGAAUCAAUCUUCGGCCUACACCUAGCAGCCAGAAGAUUAUGCACUAUUACUCGGUCUAACAGUAGUAACACAAAUGAAGUGGAUAAGGGAAUAGGUAGUGCAGCCACCGACAGUAAGAAACCACCAGAAAUUUUAGAUGGUUUUAAUCCAAGAGCAAAGCGACCAAGUAAAAUGGAUCGUAGGAUAUUGGUUUUGAUGGGAAGGUACAAGUCUGAUGAAGAAAUCCCAGAUUUCGUAUCAGACACUGUGAUCAACGCCACAAAGAAUAAAUUCCGAAUCGCUGUGAACAUUGGUAUGGGUGCGUGCACUCUUCUAGGUGCCCUUGUAAUGAUCUAUAUUGGACGCAAACGUAUGCAUGCUGGCGAGAGUAUUGUUGGUAUGAACUUGGACAGACGUAAAGACUACUACAGUAAAGAAAAAUGAAAUAUAAAUAUUUCUGUGCCAUAUUAAUAUUACAAUAAUGUUAUUAUCCUUUACCACAAAAUGAGUUGUGUUGCACAUUAAAUGUCUUGAUAUAACUAAACAUAGGUUGAAACAAAUUUUGGCAAGAAGUGAGUUUUCGUAUCAUCUGUAUGCUGUUACUGUGUUGGCUUAUGAAAACAUGAUUGAAAUUAAAACAUAACAUUAUAAACAGUAUUUCAAGGGAGAGCAGCUUGAUGGAACAGACCAGGCGCACAAAACCUUCAUGGUUGAGUGCACAUAGUAGUUACGCAUGGGAAAAUUAAACCCGCUUCCCAUUGCUGCUCACUUACGUGUUCGCAUCAUGGAGGAAUACUUUUUACCUCAACUUAUUCCUCCAUGAUCUGAUAUACUGUAUUAUUGAGCUAUAAUUUUAUGCAAAAUGUAUUUCCUUCAACACCCACAUAUGGUUUGUGUGUGGGGGAAGGGGAAGAUGGAGGGGGAAGAUGUAAUAAUGUUGUCUGCUAACAGUAGGCACUCAUGACAAUUCUGCUGAAAAAUAUUAUGGCCCACUUUGUUAGUUAGUAUAUAGCUAUUAAAA